UUCAUGAGCAAAGGGCAAUGGCAUUGUUUUGUGUCGGCGCUUUGAUGUCUGGAAUUCGUGUCUGGUUUGGCGCGUUUUUGUCUGGAAGCUUGCAUCAGCUCACGUAAACAAGUUCUAAUCAGGUGCCUUUGUUUUCCUCGAGUUAGUGUUUCGUUUCGCGUGUUCGACGUGCUAAUUUAGUGUUUUCCAUCAAAGUUUUCAUGGAAAUCAAGCAAAAUCGUGUGGUCAGAGGUACAGACGUCCAACACGUGUUAAACUUGAGAAUGAUUCUUCUCUGUUAACUCAAAGUCUCUCGUUACUCUCUAGUAAUUCCUGUACCCAGAUCGCACUUGAAAUCGGAAAGUUGCAAAUUGAGUUUCGCUUCUCGGAAUUUGCUUGAUACGGUUCGUGCCAUGUGACAGGUGGGACCUGUUUUGUCAGUUGUUUACAUCAGUCUCGUACGAAGGACACACACAGGAUUAUCACAUUAGAAUUGAUGAAAAUGGAUUCAGCUGGUAGAGCGGAAAAUGUUGUCAGUGAGAACUCUGGCAGAGACGAACCGUCUGACCUAGACGUGGAAAAUCUAACCCACGAAGAAUUACUGGAGAUAACUCGGAGGACAGUCAAUGAUAUUGUUGCAGCUGAUCGCUUCUUGAAAGUACUGCCCCAAGAUGUCACUUUGGAUGAGGUGAACUCUGCCAUUGCUGUUCAUUAUGGCCAGUCGAUAACAAUUCUUGUGGAAAGGAAUGAUGAUGUCACGCUGUCAGUAACGGUGCCGCAGCGAGACUCCACAGUUCUAGACCUGAAAAAACGGAUAAAGACAACAAUGAUGCUCUACCUUCGGAGGCAUAAGAUUGAUACUAAAGUUAGUUGGCGAUACAUCUGGCGAACUUACAGUUUGUCCUUCAAUGGUGUGAAGUUAAAUGAUGAUCGUGCACAGCUUCACAAACUUGGGAUUGUUCAUCACAGCACUGUAAAGUUUGUCAAAAAACUCAGAGUCAAAACGCCGCUAAUUAAUGACUAAUCGCUGCUAGAUGUCAUAUCGCUGCUGAGUAAUUCAUGAUCACAGGCAUUCUGGUGCAACGCAGUAUUCAAGCACAAAGAAGUGUCGCUAACCUUGGCCCUGAAGUGUUGUGCGGUAUUUUUUGUGUAAAAUCUAAUAUUUUUUAAUUUUCCUUAAUUUUCUUAAUUGAUGUGUUGUGCGCGCUAAAGAAAAAAGAAAUAGAUCAAUAUCAGAUAUUGCAUCAAUCAAUCACUAAAUCAAUAUUUUUUAAUGUAUUCAAUUUGAUAAAAUUCAGUAAAUUAUGGGCCAAUGGUAAUUUCUUUUAGUGUGUUUUCUGGAGAAAAAAGUUAAUAUUUUGGUGUUUUUUUCUUUUAUUUUGCCUCUUUUUCGUUAUCUCUCAAGUACAUCGAUGUUGCUGCUGAUUCUAAUCAUCCGACCAACUAAACUGAAA